UUUGGGCACUGCCUGAACUGCCAGCACAACACGGAGGGUCCCCAGUGUGAGAAGUGCAAACCCGGCUUCUUCGGCGAUGCCACCAAGGGCACGGCCACCUCCUGCCACCCGUGUCCCUGUCCCUACACCGAGCCAUCCCGCAGGUUUUCGGAGUCGUGCUUCCUGGACACGGAUGGCCAGGCCACCUGUGACGCCUGCGCACCCGGUUACACUGGACGACGCUGCGAGAGGUGCGCUCCAGGCUAUGAGGGAGACCCUGUCCAGCCGGGUGGCAAGUGCACCCCAGUUGGCCAGGAGCUUGUCAAGUGUGACACCCGCGGGGGCAAGGACGCGGUCCAGCUGACAGCUGAGGACUCCUCCCCUCUGGGCUUGGCCAACCUGGCGGGCACCCAGUCGGUGGGCACUGGCGCCCACUUCUCCUCCCCGCGGGAGCUGCUCUUCGACACCUUCUCCGCGCUGCCCCGUGACGUCUACUACUGGGUGCUGCCUGCGCCCUUCACUGGGGACAAGGUGACGUCGUACGGCGGGGAGCUGCGGUACCGGGUGACGCACCGGGCAGGGGCGGGUGCCCAGGCCCUGUCCCCCCAGCCCGAUGUGCUGCUGCAGGGCAAUGGCAUCUUUCUGGAGCACUUCAGCGGGGCCAGCGUCCCCAGCGGUGUCCCCACCACCAUCACUGUGCCCUUCCGCGAGAGCGCCUGGCGCCGGGCAGACGGGCGCGACGCCACCCGCGAGCACCUGCUGAUGGCCUUGGCUGACGUCGACCUGCUCAUGAUCCGGGCGUCCUACUCGGGCUACACGCGCAGCGGCACCGGGCUCUACCUGGGGACCUGCGAGCCCUGCCAGUGCCACGGCCACACCAGCGAGUGCCACCCUGAGACUGGCGUCUGCGAGGGCUGCCGGGACCACACCGAGGGUCCCCAGUGUGACAAGUGCCAACCUGGCUACUACGGCGAUGCCACCCGGGGCACCCCGGGUGACUGCCAGCCCUGUCCCUGCCAUGGACCCCACGAUGAGAGCCAGUAGAGCUGCUUCGAGGACAGGGACGGGCAGCCCACCUGCAGCGCCUGCGCCCCAGGGCACAGCGGGCGCCUCUGUGAGAGGUGUUCGCCAGGAUAUGUGGGGGACCCUCUGCGGGGAGAGCCCUGCCGAGUGCCAGGUGUCCCUGUUGGGCAGUGCCAGUGUGACCCACGUGGCAGUAUGGGCGAGGGCUGUGAUGCCAGCGGGCAGUGCCGCUGCAAGGCCAACGUGGAGGGUCCCCGCUGUGCCACCUGCCGUCCCCACCACUUCCACCUUAAUCUCCCCACACAGGUGGGCUCCUACGGUGGGCGCCUCCGCUACACCCUGUCCUACACCCCGGGGGGGCAGGGAGCCCCCCUGCCUGACGCCGACAUCCAGAUCACGGGCAACGACAUCACGCUGGUUGCCUACCAGCCUGAACUGCCCCCGGGGACACCCAAUGCCCCCGCGGGGCCCCGGGUGCCCCUGGCCGUCCGUGUCCACCCACCACGCACGGCGGUGGCACAGGGCAGUGCUGUCACCCUGCGGUGCCAGGCCACGGGAGACCCCCCCCUCUAUUACCACUGGGCACGGGAGGACGGGCGACCCCUCCCCGAGGGCGCCCAGAGCCGCCACCAAGGUGAGGAGCUGCACUUCCCCAGCAUCCAGCCCUCCGAAGCCGGUGUCUACAUCUGCUCCUGCCGCAACCUCCGGCACAGCAACGCCAGCCGCGCUGAGGUCAUUGUCACCGAGACCCCUGACAAGCCCAUCACUGUCACCGUGGAGGAGAAACGGGUGCAGCGGGUGAAACCUGGGACUGAUGUCACCUUUGUCUGCACGGCCAAGAGCAAGUCCCCAGCCUACACGCUGGUGUGGACGCGGCAGCACCACGGGUCCCUGCCGCCCGGCGCCGUCGACUUCAACGGGAUCCUGACCCUGCGCCGCGUGCGGCCCCAGGACGCCGGCGUCUACGUCUGCACUGGCUCCAACAUGUUGGACAUGGACGAGGGCACCGCCACGCUCUACGUGCAGGCCCCCUCGAAGACUCAGAUGUUUUAUGGCCCCGUUGAGUUCAUGGAGGGGCACAGACCAGGUAGCCCCCCGCCCGCCCUCGAGUGGCUUGGCACGCUGCCCCCACGGGCCGUGGUGCAGGGGGACACGCUGCGGUUCGGGGCCGUCGAGCCCGGGGACGAGGGACACUACGAGUGCCGGGCGCGCAGCAGCGCUGGGCAGCACACAGCCAGGGCCUUCCUCCACGUGCAGGCCCCUGGUGCCCCACGGGUGCAGGUGAGCCCAGAGAGGACAGAGGUGACAGAGGGCUCCACGUUGCGGCUCUACUGCCGUGUCUCAGGGUCACCCCCUGCUACCCUCACCUGGGAGAAGCAGGGGGGGACCCUACCACCCCAGGCCCGCACAGAGGACGGUGACAUUGCCACGCUGCUGCUCCCCGCUGUCACCGCGGCCGACGCCGGCGUCUACCUCUGCGUGGGCCCCAGCGCCACCGGCACGGCCCGCGCCGCCAUCCAGGUGGCCGUGGUGGCAGGGUCAGCGCCACCCGUGCGCAUCGAGUCCUCGUCCCCGUCUGUCCCCGAGGGACAGACCCUGGACCUCAACUGCCUGGUGGCAGGAUCAGGCCCUGCCACUGUCACCUGGUACAAGCGUGGUGGCUCCCUGCCCGCCGGCCACCAGGUUUUGGGGUCCCGGCUCCGUGUCCCCCACGUCACAGCGGCUGAUUCAGGGGAGUACGUGUGCCGGGUGACAUCAGGGACCAGUGUACGGGAGGCCUCUGUCAUUGUCACCGUCGUGGCUGCAGCUGGAUCAUCCUAUGGGCCACCAGCUUCAGGUGUCCCUGUUCGCAUUGAGGCAUCCUCAUCCACCGUGGCUGAGGGACAGAGUGUGGACCUCAACUGCGUGGUAGCCGGGCAGGGACAGGCCACUGUCACCUGGUACAAGCGUGGGGGGGCCCUGCCCGCCAAGCACCAGGUGUCCGGCUCCCGGCUGCGCCUGCUGCAGGCCGACUCGGGCGAGUACGUGUGCGGGGUGACCAGCGGGGCCACCACCAGGGAGUCUGCUGUCAUGGUGACAAUCCAGCCCAGCGGGGCCGGCGCCUACCCCCCGGGUGGCACAACCCCCCUGCGCAUCGAGUCCCCGUCCUCUGCUGUGACUGAGGGACAGACCCUGGACCUCAACUGUGUCAUCUCCAGCCCUGCACAGGCCACUGUCACCUGGUACAAGCGCGGGGGGUCCCUGCCUGCCAAGCACCAGGUGUCCGGCUCCCGGCUGCGCCUGCUGCAGGUGACAGCGGCCGACUCGGGCGAGUACGUGUGCCGGGUGACCAGCGGGGCCACCACCAGGGAAACCUCCAUCAUGGUGACAAUCCAGCCCAGCGGGGCCGGCGCCUACCCAGCUGGUGUCACCCCCCCGGUGCGCAUCGAGUCCUCGUCCUCCUCUGUGGCUGAGGGACAGAGCCUGGACCUCAACUGCCUGGUGGCCGGGCAGGGACAGGCCACUGUCACCUGGUACAAGCGUGGGGGGGCCCUGCCCGCCAAGCACCAGGUAUCGGGCACCCGCCUACGCAUCCCCCAGGUGACAGCAGCUGACUCAGGGGAGUACGUGUGCCGGGUGACAUCGGGCGGUGUCACCCAUGAGACAUCCCUCAUUGUCACCAUCCAGACCGGCAGUGGCUCCUCUUAUGCUGUCGGUGUCACCCCACCGGUGAGGAUCGAGACCUCCUCUGCAGCUGUCACUGAGGGACAGACCCUGGACCUCAACUGCAUGGUGGCAGGACAGGGCCACCCCCAUGUCACCUGGUACCGGCGCGGGGGGGCUCUGCCCCCUAACAGCCAGGUAUCAGGCACCCGCCUGCGCCUCGCCCAGGUGUCAGUGGCUGAUUCAGGGGAGUACGUGUGUCGGGUGACCCUGGGGACUGUCACACAGGAGGCUUCUGUCAUUGUCACCGUGCCCAGUGGUGCUGGCACCUAUUACUCCUCUGGUGUCACCCAGCCCCUGCGCAUCGAGUCCUCAUCCUCGGCCAUCGCCCAGGGACAGACCCUGGACCUCAACUGCCUGGGUCAGGCCCCUGCCACUGUCACCUGGUACAAGCGUGGUGGCUCCCUGUCUGCCGGCCACCAGGUGUCAGGCACCCGCCUGCGCAUCCCCCAGGUGACAGCGGCUGAUUCGGGGGAGUACGUGUGCCGGGUGACAUCAGGUGGUGUCACACAGGAGACGUCCCUCAUCGUCACCAUCGAUGAUGGAGCCAACCCAUCCCACGCCGGUGUCACGCUGCCCAUUCGCAUCGAGUCCUCGGCAUCCUCUGUCACCGAGGGACAGACCCUGGACCUGGACUGCCUGGUGGCCGGGCAGGGACAGGCCACCAUCACCUGGUACAAGCGUGGGGGGGCACUCCCAGCCAAGCACCAGGUUUCAGGGUCCCGCCUGCGGCUGUCACAGCUCUCGGUGGCCGACUCAGGGGAGUACGUGUGCCGGGCAGACAUGGGCAGCAUGUCUCGUGAGGCCACCAUUGUCGUCACUGUCACCUCCCGUGACAGCUCUAGCUACCGUCUGCAGAGCCCCAUCAUCUCCAUCGACCCGCACAGCAUGGUGGUGGCCCCAGGUGAAGAUGCCACCUUCAAGUGCCGCGUCCACGAUGGUGCCCAGCCCAUCAACAUCACAUGGCGGAUGGGACCUGGCCAACACCUCCAAGAUAAUGUGAAGAUCAGCACCAAUGGCUCAGUCAUCUCCAUCUCUGGUGCUCAUGUGGGCAACCAGGGUGCCUACCACUGCGUGGCCUCCAACCGCUUCGGCGUCGCCAGCAGCGUUGUCAACCUCCUGGUGCAAGGAGCACCCACGGUGUCAGUGAUGCCACCAGGCCCUGUGACAGUGCAGGAGGGCAAGUCCCUCAGCGUGGAGUGCCUUGGCCGGGGCGAACCGCGCCCGCUGGUGCGCUGGAGCCGGCCGGGCUCCCGGCAGAAGUUGGAGCAUCAAACUCUGCUGCACAUGGACAGCCAGGCCAUCCUGCAGCUGUCACCAGCCAAGCCGGAGCACGCCGGGCCCUACGUCUGCACGGCGCACAGCGCCCUGGGCUCGGCGCAGGCGCGGGUGGACAUCAGCGUGGAGGCGGCACAGCGGCACCCCGGCGCCCCCGAGGUCAUCGUGCCACCUGCUGUCACCGUGGUGGCUGGGGACACUGCCACGCUGCACUGCACGGCCAGAGGUGAGCCGGCACCACGGCUGGAGUGGUCAAAGCUGCGGGCACCGCUGCCCUGGCAGCACCGGGUGGAGAACGGCAGCCUGGUGAUCCCGCGCGCCGCCCUGCAGGACUCGGGCCAGUACAUCUGCAACGCCAGCAGCGCCGCCGGCACCGCCCAGGCCUUCGUCACCCUCCACGUGGAGACACCACCGUACGCCACCAGCCUGCCGGAGGAGAGCGUGGUGCGCGCUGGCGACGCGCUGCAGGUGCAGUGCCUGGCUCAUGGCACCCCCCCGCUGCUCUACUCCUGGGACAAGGUCAAUGGCAGCCUCUCGGCACGCGCCAGCCACCGCGCCAGCCUCCUGCGCAUCAGCCCCGCGCUGCCCGACGAUGCCGGCACCUACCGCUGCCUCGUCACCAACCGCGUGGGCACCGCUGAGACCUUUGCCCAUGUGGUGGUCCACGGUGCCACCGUUGACCGUGGGGAUGGUGGUGGUGGACCCUUGACCGUCCGGGUGACACCAGGGAGCCUGGUCAGGGGGCUGGGGGGCACAGCUGAGUUCACCUGCACCAUCUCUGGGGACCCCCGGGCGCGUCUGGAGUGGCUGAAGGAGGGUGGGGAGCUGCCCCCUGCCCACAGCGUGCAGGACGGGGUGCUGCGGCUGCCCCAGCUGGCGUGGGGGGCGCAGGGGGUCUAUGUGUGCCGGGCCAUCGCUCCAGGAGGACACGCAGAGGACAGGGCCACCCUCACCAUCCAGGCUCUCCCCAAGGCUGUGAUCAACAUCCGGACAGCGGUGCAGACGGUGCUGGCAGGGACAGAGGUGGAGCUGGAGUGCCUGGGCUUGGGUGAACCCCGUCCCCAUGUCACCUGGAGCAAAGUGGGUGGUCAGAUCCGUCCCGGGGUGCUGGUCCGUGCUGGAACCCUCACCAUCCAGCGGGUGGAACGGGCGGACGCCGGGCAGUACCGCUGCACUGCCACCAACGCCGUGGGCACCGUCCAGUCCCACCUCAUCCUCCACGUGCAAGCCGCCCCCCAGAUCUCAGGGCAGCCGGAGGUGAAGGAAGUGUCCUUGGGCUCCGCCGCCGUUUUACCCUGCUUGGCAUCGGGCUUCCCCGUGCCAGAGAUCACCUGGAGCAAGCUGGAGGGGGAGCUGCCAGAGGGGGCCCGGGUGGAGGGGAACAUCCUGACCUUGCCGGCCGUGAGCCACGAGGACGCCGGCGUCUACGUCUGCGCCGCUGCCAACCCGCGGGGCCGGGAAACCGCCUACUAUGUCCUGAGGGUGCGAGAGCACCUGGUCCCCUACUUCGGGCAGACGCCCCACUCCUUCCUGCCCCUGCCCACCAUCAAGGAUGCCUACAAGUGGUUUGAGAUCCUCAUCACCUUCCGACCUGAUGCUGCUGAUGGCCUUCUCCUCUACAACGGGCAGCGCAAAAACAACGGCGCCGACUUCAUCUCCUUUGGCUUGGUGGGCGGGCGCCCCGAAUUCCGGUUUGACGCGGGCUCGGGCAUGGCCACCAUCCGGCACCCCACGGCGCUGCGCUUGGGCGAGUACCACACGGUGCGGCUGCGGCGCAACCUCACCCGGGGGUCCCUGGAGCUGGACGGGCACCCCCCGGUCAAUGGCACCUCCCAGGGGAAGUUCCAGGGGCUGGAUCUGGAUGAGAAGCUCUACCUGGGGGGUUACCCCGACCUCAGCGCCCUGGCCAAGACGGGGCUCAGCCGUGGGUUCAUGGGCUGUGUACGCCAGCUGCGCAUCCAAGGGGAGGAGGUGGCCUUUGGGGACAUGGACCUGCAGGCGCACGGUGUCUCCAGCUGUCCCACCUGCCAGGACCGCCCGUGCCAGAAUGGAGGCGUGUGCCAGGACGCCGAGAGUGGCACCUACAUCUGCCGCUGUCCCCACGGCUUCACCGGCAGCAACUGCGAGUACUCACAGGCUCUGCAUUGUCACCCGGAGGCAUGUGGGCCUGAUGCUACCUGUGUCAACCGGCCGGACGGGCAGGGCUACACCUGCCGCUGCCACCUGGGCAAGUCUGGGGAGAGAUGCACUGAGGGUGAGUGGGGACGUGGGGACGCGGUGACGGUGCCGUCCUUCGAGGAGGUGGGCGCCUUCGUCUCCUACCCACCCCUCACCAACGUCCACCACGAGCUGCGGGUGGAGGCCGAGUUCCUGCCACGGGCACCCGACGGGCUCCUCCUCUUCAGCGCCGGCAAAGCCGCCCCCGUCGAGGACUACGUGGCCUUGGCCAUGGUCGGCGGCCACCUCGAGUUCCGCUACGAGCUGGGCUCAGGCAUGGCCGUGCUGCGCAGCGCCGAGCCGGUGGCCCUGGGCCGCUGGCACACGGUGACAGCCGAGCGGGUGCAGAAGGACGGGACCCUGGUGGUGGAUGAUGCCCCCCCGGUGACACGCUCGUCACCCGGCAAGAGCCAAGGCCUGAACCUGCACAGCCCCUUGUACCUGGGGGGCACUGAGCCCCCCCUGCGCCCCCCAACCAACGCCUCCUUCCGCGGCUGCAUCGGAGAGGUGACGAUCAACGGGAAGCGGCUGGAGCUGAGCGAGGGCUUCGUGCGGAGCCGCGGGCUGGGGCAGUGCGGGCAGCGCUCCCCGUGCGGGCCCGGGCAUGUGUGUGCUCUGCUCGUGUGUGCAUCUGUGUGUGCAUGGCCGCACUGUGAGCGGGAGGAGAACCUCUGCCUGCACCCCAGCCCCUGCCUGCACGGGGGCACCUGCCGGGACAACGCCUGCAUCUGCCGGGACACUCACCUGGCUUGUGGGGGAUCUGUCUCCCUGCCUGGCUCCCCUGGUGGAGGGACCCCCUCCCAGUCACUUUCCACCCCCCCCAAGGGACCACAGUGUCCCUUCCACAGGGGUGACAGUUGGGGGUACUGGUUCCACAGGAGGAACUGCCGGGGGAACCCCAACUGCCUGGUGGGCAUCGGGGAGCACGUCUGGCUGGGGGAGAUAGAUGAGAACACCUUCCACAACAUCGACGACCCCAACUGCGAGCGCCGCAAGAAGGUACCUCCCUGCCCCCCUGAACAUCCCCUGCCCUUCCAGCCCCCGGGGGAGGAGGGGAGGUGA